AUGAUUUACCUAUGGAUGAACCCUAAAUGUGCAGGCAAACUUCCUCCAGGUUCCUCAGGCUUCCCUUUCAUUGGAGAGACUCUUCAAUUAUUCAUACCAAGCUACUCCCCUGAUGUUCAUCCAUUCCUUAAGAAAAAAAUCCAAAGAUAUGGGUUGUUGUUUCGUACAAACGUUGUUGGCCACAAUGUGGUGGUAUCGGCCGAUCAAGAAUUAAACCGUUAUAUUUUUCAGCAAGAAGAGAAAUUGGUCGUCCAUUGGUACCUCGAUUUGUUUGCCAAGGUUUUCGAACACGGGGAAUUUAGACCCGACGGUCUCACUAUUCAUAAGUACACAAGGAAUUUGGUCUUAAACCACUUUGGCUCGGAGAGUAUCAGGCAAAAACUGCUUACGGAGUUUGAAGAGAUUGCUCGCAAGCACAUUCACUCAUGGUCCAUGCAAGACUCGAUUGAAGUCGAACGUGCUUCGAUUGCUAUGUUUGCUGAACUUUGCGGGAAACAUCUGUAUACUCAUGGUGGUGAGAGCUCAGAAGAUUUUGCAGAUUUGUUCAUCAAUCUCAGUAGAGCUGCGAUGUCGUUUCCUUUGAACAUUCCUGGUACAACAUUUCACAAAUGUCUCAAGGUCAAGGAAGAAGCGUUAGACACGGUAAGGAAAAUCGUGAUUGAAAGGAUUGCUUCGCCUCCGAAUAAUCAUGGCGACGUGCUCGAUGAGAUGGUCAACGACAUGAAGACCAACAAAUUUCUCACGCCGCAAUAUAUUUCGCAGUUCUUAUUUUCAAUGUCGUUUGCCACGUUUCAGACAAUCUCCGGCAUGCUGACGCAUGUGGUGAACUUCGUAGCACAAAAUCCGGCGGUUCUUCGGGAGUUAAUUGCUGAGCAUGAAGAAAUCCUCUCAAGAAGAGAGAAUUCUAACUCCCCAAUUACUUGGGAAGAGUAUAAAUCCAUGACCUUUACUCUUCAAGUAGUUAAUGAGACUCUGAGAUUGGGAAAUACUAUUCCUGGAUUUUUAAGGAGAGCUGUAAAGGAUAUACAAUAUAAUGGUUAUACAAUUCCAGCAGGAUGGGGAAUUAUGGUUUGUCAGUCAACUAUGCAUUUAGACCCCAACAUAUACAAAGAUCCUCUAAAAUUCGAUCCUUGGCGUUGGACGGAUGUUGGACCAGAAUUUAUUAGCAAGAAUUUGAAGCCCUUUGGUGGAGGUAUAAAGCAGUGUGCAGGUGCAGACCUUGUUCGGGCUUCAAUCACCAUUUUCCUUCAUAUUCUGGUUACCAAAUACAGGUGGGCUAUAGUUAAAGGAGGUGUUAUAGUUCAGAAUCCAAUUCGACACUUCAAAGAUGGACUUCACAUCAGUGUUUUCCAGAGGCAAAAUUGA